AUGAGUACUGUUGUCAACGUGCACGUGCUGUUCUUUGCCAAAUCCCGGGAAUUAGCCAAUACCAACCGCUCGAAAGUGGAUGUGCCCAGCGAAAUUACUGCCUCCGAACUGCUGGACCAACUGGUUGCCAGAUUUGGCCUGACCUCGAUUCGGGACAACCUGAUUUUGGCCCACAACGAAUCGUACAUCGAGAACCUGAGCGAGAGGAUUCUGUUCAAGGAGGGCGACGAACUGGCCAUCAUUCCGCCCCUCAGUGGAGGCUAA